GUGCAUUCUGGGCAGUCUUGAGCCAGGUGUUGAGAAGUUGAGGACGCUGCGUCUAAGAGAACGAGAGAGGUAGGUAGAUUUGUUACGAAUAUGACGCCGAAAACCGCAAGUCCGUAAGUCUUGGAGAAAAUGAGAGAGAGGUCCAAGAGUGAGGUCAGUCCAUAGGCGGUAGGCCAAGGUAUUGUUGUCGGAUCGCCCGGGCUGAACUGCCGGGGUUGGUGUUCCGAGUGUGACCCGACAUUUGAGUACGUUGUACCCGGGAUUGCACGAGUGGGUGCCGAAUGUUCCGACGGAGAUUUCCGACGGAUGCAGAAGGUACCCGAAGUGCGAUUUACCGACAAAAAAACGACUGUCGGCACGCACUCGGCAUGCGUUGCACACGUAACCAAAAGACCACGUGACCCCACCAACUACUCACAGGGCAUAUGAGGAAAAAUGAUCAGUAGAGUCACCGGCAUUAGCAGCCGCGCCGCCUGGCGCUUCGUGUCGUACCUGCAGAAGGUCACAACUCGCGUAGCCGCGACGCCAUUGCAGCGAAACGCCUUCCCAGCAGUCACCGUGGACAGCAUCCCAGCAGCCACAGCGACAGGCAUCCCAACAUGCCUUGCCUUCUAAACUAUCCCAGCAACCAUCACGCGGGGCGGCAUCCCAGCAGCCUCGGCAAGCAGACCUCAGUCCCCCCCCCCCCUCCCGUGGGUUGACUUUUCCGCCCCCGAUCCGAGAAAAAUGGCGGGAAAACCUUUGAAAAUCACCUUCCUGUGUAACGGCUUCAACGGGCUGUCCCAGCGGUUGUACCUGGAGCUGGUGUCACGUGGGCAUCACGUGACGGUGCACGAGGACCCACGUGGCGAGGAGAUGACGCGGGCUGUGGAGACAGACCAGCCGGACCUGGUGCUGUGCCCGUUCCUAACCCGCCGGGUCCCGCCCGGGCUCUACAACAACCCCGCCCGACCCGUGCUCAUCGUGCAUCCGGGCAUCCCGGGGGACAGGGGACCCUCCUCUAUCGACUGGGCGCUGAAGGAAGGCGCCACCGAAUGGGGCGUGACGGUACUGCAAGCUGACGAUGAAAUGGACGCGGGGGACAUUUGGGCCACCUGCAAAUUUCCACUGAACCGCCAGGCGACCAAGUCCAGUCUGUACGGCAAGGAGGUGACCCAGGCGGCGCUUCUGGCCGUGCUGCACGCCCUAGUCGCCUUUGAGCGAGAUGCGCCCCCCACCCCGCUAGACUACACAAACUCUGAGGUGACAGGAGAGCUGAGGCGGAAACUGACAGUGGAGGACCGGCAAGUCGACUGGGCACUGCCAGCAGAGGACGUUGCACGAGCUGUGCGCGCCUGCGACUCCCAGCCAGGUGCACUAGGCGUGCUCCGUCUGCAAGAGCAAGGUCAGUUGUAGGGUUGUUGUGUACCAUUUUAUAUUCCAGUUCUAGUCAAUAGUCUGCAAACUUCCUGGUAGGAAUAUCACGCAGACGGAGGAGGCGUAGUCUCUAACA